AUGUUGAAACUGAUACACGCAGCACACCUUGGAGCUGAGAAGUGCAAACGUAGGGCCAGAGAUAUUCUAUUUUGGCCAGGAAUGAAUGCAAAAAUUGAUGAUCUCGUCAACAGCUGCACUACAUGCCUCACCAACAAGCACAGAAACACCAAAGAACCCCUGAUACCACACUACAUACCGUCAAGACCAUGGGAGAAAGUCGGAUCAGAUCUGUUUGAAUUUAGAGGACAGCACUACUUGAUACUAGUGGAUUACUACUCCAAUUUCAUUGAAGUUGACAGGCUUAGACAGACCACCAGUGAACAAGUCAUUGAGAUCUGCAAGUCUCAAUUUGCAAGACAUGGAAUCCCAAAUGAAUUUAUAUCAGACAACGGUCCCCAGUUUUCUAGCCACAAAUUCCACCAAUUUUCAAGUCAAUAUCAAUUUAAACACAAGACAAGCAGCCCCUAUCACCCACAAUCAAACGGCAAAGCUGAAAGGGCUGUCCAAACCAUCAAAAGUCUCUUACAAAGGUCUAUACUUGAGAAGUGUGAUUUUCAUCUUGCCCUACUAGAAUUUCGCAACACACCAUCAAAUGACAUAUUGGGCUCUCCCUCUCAAAGAUUAAUGGGUAGACGUACUCGCACUCUACUACCCACUGCAGAAAAUUUGCUUCUCUUCAAAAUCAUACCACCCUCUCAGGUUCAAUCAGAGCUCAAAAAACAUCAGAAAACCCAAUCAUACUAUUACAACAAACAGGCAAAACCACUCAGCUCACUUCAAAAGGGUGAUAAAAUAAUGUUUCAAAAUGGCCGUACAUGGUUACCAGCUACAAUUGCAAAAGCAACUGAAUACUUCCGCUCAUACAUCAUCAUUACACCUGAAGGACAACUAUACCGUCGUAACAGGAAACACCUCAGACCUAUCCCCAAAAAGGAUGUACUGGAACCAGAGUCAGACUCAGAUGACCUUGACGAUUACCUAACCUCUCUAGAGGGAGAACCUCAAGAAACAACAAUAAAUGGUACAUGUGAAGAGCAAGGUAGAGAACCAUCACCCCCCCAAUUACGAAGAUCAAAACGGAAAACUGCACGCCCUUAUAGUUAUGCAGACCCAUAUACAUUACGUUUCUGA